GCGGGGGCGGCUUGGUUAGUUCAAAGCAGACUCGGUAAUAAAGCACUCUUUUUGUCCACCUGCUCGCCUUGGCUUGCUCUUGGUGAUAUUUUAAUUGCUAAUUAUCCUUUUGCUACUAUUGACCCGAAUGUUGGAAUAAUGCCUUUGUCUGACCCCCGCUUGGAAAAAUUAAGUAAAUAUUGGCAAAGUAAAAAAACUACUCUCAGUGUAAUUGAAAUUGUGGAUAUUGCUGGCUUGGUAAAAGGUGCUGCAGAGGGUUCAGGAUUAGGUAAUGAGUUUUUAUCCCAUAUUCGCGAGGUAGAUUUAAUUUGCCAAGUGCUUCGUUGUUUUCCCGAAAAAGAAAUAGUGCAUGUGGAAAAAUCAGUUAAUCCGCUACGGGAUUUGGAAAUAAUUCAACUAGAAUUAAUUUUGGCUGAUUUACAGCAAGUAAAAAGAAAAUUAGAAAAAUUAAAAGUCAGAGACGAAAAAUCCCAAAAAGAAAAAAAUAUUUUGCGGUUAAUUCAAGCCAACUUAGAAAAAGAAAUAUCAGUUAACCAAUUAAGUUUAACUAAGGGAGAAAAAGAACUAAUAAAAGGUUAUAAUUUUCUGACUAAUAAGCCUACUCUUUUACUGGCUAAUUAUGGUGGAGAUAAAGAAGAAAUUAAAGAGAUGGAAAAAUAUGCACAAGAAAAGCAAUUAUUUUUCUUUCCUUUGGCAGUAAAAAUAGAGAGAGAAAUGGAAAAAUUGACGGAGGGAGAAAAAAAAGAAAUAAGUUGA